AUGACAGGAACAAGAGCGCAAGCUGCCGAGGUUUUAUUGGAGCGUGUCGAGGCACUUAGGUCACACCUUUCUACACAGUCUUCGAAGGAAACGUUGGUUUUAAGCGAGGACACGACCUCGCUGAUAGAGGCUGUGUUUCAGGUUGUGAAGUCCGGCUUUCCUUUGGGCCCUUGUUUGGUACCUAUUUGCUCUCUUCUUGAGGAGCUCCUGACUAUCCCCAACUGGAUACGUAGACUGACGGCGGCCAGUACUCUUAUUCAUGUUGCUAAUGAAAACGAACUUGACCACGAGGCGCUCCGCCGUUUUGCUGAUCUGCUUUUGACCUUUUUGCAUGAUGAAAAGCGAGAGCUUCGUGACAUUGGCUCUCUUGCGCUUAUGAGUCUUCGCUAUGAGCAGCAAGUUAGUGUUGCCAAUCAUCUUGUUGCUGAACUGGAGCAGAAGGAUGGCUCUGUGUCUGCUCACCUCAUUGAAGGAAGUGUUACGUAUGCUGGCUACUUUCUUGCACACGCCCCUCGCGAUGCUACUAAGGUUGGACUCAACAUCCUUAUCUUGUCCUUCGAUCCCCAGCACAAGAUCACAAAUGCUAGCAAGGACUACCUUUACUGGCACGUGGCCAAAGCUCUGACUAAGUAUUUAAAAGCCCUCAUUUCCAAUCCCCUUGCAGCUGCAAUAUUGAACAUACCUGUAAGAUCUCUUCCAAAUCGCGAAGAGAAGGAUAAGAAAUAUCUUGGUGGUACAGUUACUGCUUCUGUAGCAAUUUCUUGGCUUUUGGAGAAGGUUGUCGCAUACACUGAUGUGCGCUGCCGGAAAUCGGCGGCAGAAGCCCUGUCAUUAUAUCUGUACUUGAAUUCAGUGAUUUUACAGAGACAAUAUUUAGAUUUACUAAAGGAUGCACGUCUUUUCAUGGGCGGUAAUUUGGUCUGUGAUGCGUUUGAUCUCUAUACUCAUGCGUAUUGCUGUAUGCUCACCCAUGCCGCAGAGCUUCGGGUAUCCAUGGCUGAUUCCAUCAGGAAGCAUGACUAUGCAGACUAUUACCGCUAUUUCAUUGAGCUGUAUCGUUCCAUGUCCGUGGACUUCCCCACGGAAAAGCACCUCUCCGGGAUUUAUCAAGGGGCUCUCAUCAAGGGACUUGUCAUGAUGGAAUAUCAUGGGCAUAGCACGAAGCUUGUCUACUCUUUCUCUCUUAUGAAGCGUCUUCUCGGCAGCACUGCGAUGCACUGUAUAGAUGGAGGUAUACUAUGCGCCUUGGAGAUUUUCCGUCACGUGCCUGAAUAUGUCAUGGGUCAAAUAGUUGAGGCGCAGCUGUACUUACUUUCAAACCACUCCUCUCUUCCCAUUGCUGUUUCAGCCAAAAAGGCACUCCUUGGAAUCCCCGCUGCCCAUGAGCCAACGUUUAUACUGGGGUAUCUGUGGUGUAUAAUGUCUCGGAUAGCGGUAGAUAAUGCAGACAUCAAGGAAGCAGGGUUUAAGGCCAUGUACACCCUUUUCAGCGAGCAUAAGGAUUAUAUAGCGAAGCUAAAUACUAUAAAGGACUCAAAGCUGGUUAAUUAUUGCCCGUCACAAGUGCUACUCAAUGGUCUUACCUAUCAGACAAGUCCACAGGCUAGCCUGGUAGGUAGUGGUAGUGGAUCUUCAAAUCCAGGGUAUGACUUCAUUAGUCUGGCAUCAAAGAGGUUAGACGUUCCCGAUCUUUUAGCGUUUCUCAAGAUUGUCUUCUGUGUAAUUGAGCAUACGGUACGAGACACUUCGUCUCCUAUGAACGACUAUCCUAGAAUCUCGGCUGUUAACAUGUUAGAGCCACUCCUCGAUAUCAUCCUUCCGAUCAUCUCACAAUAUCGAGCCAGUCCACGAAAGUCACCUCUCAUUGUAAAGCGUGCACCAGUCGCGGCUACUGCAGUUGUCGUCGACGUGCCCGUGGAGAUCUACACCUUGCUAAGGGGUGUAUUCUUGCUGCUUACCUACACCAUCACGGUUCAAUCGUUAGCUUCUAGGUCUGCACGUAUUGUGGGAAAGCUCUAUAGUGUUCUUUAUGCUAUUCUUUCUGAUGACUCUGGGGAUUAUUCUGAGAACGUUCACGCCAUCAGAGAGCGUAUUGCCCCUCUUUAUAACUUCGUGCUAAUGGCACUAUACGUAUUAGUGUACAGCUUUAACAUAUAUGACGAGGACCUUGCAGAAUCAGCCAGAGCGGCUGUUCCAGCGGUCAUUGGUUUUCUUAAAAUCUUAGUGGUACCAGUUGUUAUACUUAAGGACGCCAUUCUCUGCUUGGCCGGCACCAUCGCCACAGCAGCUGGAGCUACAGAUGAGAUAGAGGUAUCCGAGAUGAUCAUCAAGAACGUUUCUGGAUUCCUAAUGCCAGAAACAUCGUUUUGUGAUCACACAAAAGAAAGGAUUGAGGAGGAAGAUACAGGCAGUGAGGGGGCCGAAGAUGAUGCUUCUCUUAGGAUGAUCUCAAAGGAGAACGUUAAUGAUCUUUCUCGCCAAAAGCUUCAUGCCAUCCUCUUUGGUCUGGAUAACACAGAGGACAGUGAAGGAAGGACGAGGAAUGCUAUGGAGGAGAGCACUGACGACGAAGGCGACCUGGUAUUAAUGGAUGGGCUAGCCACCGGUCUUCCACAGGCUGCGCUUACUCUUCUAUCUAUUCACAAUUCUGCAAUAGACGAGCAUUCUGCGUAUGCGGAGAGAGAUGUUACGGUUGGAAUUCUACGAGCUCUCAGAGGUGACGAUAUUGAUGAAGAUUACUUGCUUCACGGUAUUGCAUAUCUAUUUGGUAUAUACUGUACCAUAACCAAAAAGAAACGACUCAUUGAGAAUUUUAUGGCUUUGAUAAAGAAGUACGCUGAGGAGGAGCUGCAAGACACAGUUGUGGGAGGAUACGUCGCAUCCUUAGACUUCGAGGAGAAUUAUCCUUUGCUCAACUCAUUCUUUAGUGCAGAUAAUUUCACAAUAAACGUGUCUCUCUGCGCAGACUACGUCCCCUCUACUGCAACCGUAGCAUCUAGAGGCCUCCUGGCCCCCGAUUUUACAGUCCUGACAUUUUUGUUAGAAAGCUGCGAAAUGAGCUUGGUGGACGAGGAGAUAAAGAACUACGCCCUGAAGGCUCUUGAUGACCUGCCCGGAAGAGCGCUCACAACAGAAUAUUGUAUUGUCCAGCUUAACAUUCUAAAAGAAAAGCCGAAGGAUCAGCGUUGCAGCGAGCUAUGCACAUUUGUACCUAUUCAGUCUGAGAAGAUUUUAAACACGAAGGAAGUAGUCACUGCUCUCAGCGAUUCUCUGCAAGUUUUGUUCUACGGUGAUGAUAUAAAUAUUAAUGUCUAUGCCAAAAACGCUCUUCUCACUAAACUUGUAGACACAGGCGUUCUCUUGCCUGACAAGCCAAAGUUAGAUGUCAAGGAGACUAGCGAAUUCGAUUUCCAUAAAAUCAAUAAUUGUUAA